AUGUCGUCGGGCUUGGCCAGGAUUUUCAAGGAAAAGCCAAAUUUCUCAGACACGCACGUGAUCAAGAAGCCGGGCAUCGAAGUGUUGUGGUGGUGUGAAACACCAAAGAGGCAUUCCAAGUACCCAGCAACUCCUGAGGACGUCAACUCACACCACGCACAGCAGAGCCACUUUUCCCUCUGUGACUCUGAGACUGAAAGACUUUCUCACAGUGCAGUCCAUCAAAAGGUCCACUCAAGCAAAAGACUGUUUGAAUGCCACUUGUGCCCUCAAAGCUUCUCGUUUGCCUGCCAUCUUAAGAGACACUUGCGCAUCCACGGAGGCGAGCGACCGUUUAAGUGUCGUUUCUGCCCUUACACCUUUUCAAGGCGUGACACACUCGAGAAACACCUGCGCACUCACACUGGUGAACGUCCAUUUCAGUGCUCCUUCUGCGCGAAAAGCUUUCCGCAGCAAUCAUCCCUAUCAUGUCACCUGCGCCUCCACACAGGCGAACGACCAUACAAUUGCACUGUCUGCUCAAAGUCUUUUGUAUGGAACAUUCAGUUGAAGAAGCAUAUGAAAACACACAAAGGCAAAUGUCAAAAAAUAUGGCAUUCCAGCUGUCCAACGAAAAUUAAAGUUGAGAAAACUGCAGAAGCUACUCAAGCAACUCCCGAGGAUCCACACGCACAGCCGAGCCAUUCAUCCCUCUGUGACUAUAAGACUGGAAGACAAACUGAUAAGGAAGUACAUCAUAAGGUCCACACAGGCAAGCAACCAUUUCAGUGCCACCUGUGCCCCCAAAUUUUCCUAAGGAGUGGCCAUCUUAAGCAACACCUGCGCACCCACGGAGGCAAGCAGCCAUAUCAGUGUUCUUGGUGUGAUAAGACCUUCUCGAAAAAAUUUAAUCUCACAGAACACCAACGUAUCCACACAGGUGAGCGACCAUUCAGCUGUCAUAUGUGCCCACAAUGUUUCACGUGGAAGAGCAAUCUUAAGGAACACCUGCGCACUCACACUGGUGAACGUCCAUUUCAGUGCUCUUACUGCUCAAAAAGCUUCUCUCAACCAUCCACCCUAUCGAAUCACCGGCGCCUCCAUACAGGCGAGCAACCAUACAGAUGCACUGUCUGCUCCAAGCGUUUUGUGCAGAAAAAAAGCUUGACAUUUCACAUGCGAUCCCACAAUGCACAUUAGGUCACCAGCCAUGUUAUCUGUUCAGUGUUAUUGUAUCCACAUUUCAGUUUUGUGUAUGUAUGCUGCAUGUUGUUUGGAAGUGUCUUGCUGUGACCGUGUGCUUUCACUUGUCGAAUGUACAUGUGAUAUCAGAGCAUUUUCACACCUUAAUUGAUGAGCUCUUUGAACUUUUCUUUGCAAGAAGAUACCACUGCCUUAACACUUUCCUCACUAUAAGUGAACUGAGCACCUUCACACAAACAUAAAGGUAGCUGCUUAGAAUGAACUGCAAUUAUUUUACUCACCUGGCCACUCAGGAAAAAAUAAUGCGAACUGUGCAUUGUUGUGGAAAAGACAUCUCAGAUUACAAUAUGCAUUUUGUAUCAUUGUUGAGCUCAAAAAGAAGUCGUAAAUCCAUGCGACAUUCUCAAGCCGUCUCUUUAAGAACACUCUUGAGUGAGCAUGCCUUUCUUAUCUGUCUGUUUUGUCAAAUCUUUUCUAGAGUAGAAGUACCUCCAGGAAAGUUAUUUUUGUAAAGGCAUUUUCUAAUUCUUUCAGACUUGGAUAUAGUAUCGUAUCAUAUAAAUCUUUGAAGAUUUUGCCACUUUUUUUAAGCGAAUUUGAUGUGCAAAGUUGUCUUCACCACAUUGCUUCAAUAUAACGCGAGGAAGGGGCUGACUGCAACAAGCGGAGAAGUUUACUAAAUGCAAAGCAUUUCCUUGCAUACUGCAGCCUCUUUGAGUGUUUAUUGUCUGGCUGGCUGGCGGGGUGCUCUCUUGUGCAUGCAGCAUCAAACCGUUUCUACCGGAUGUGCAGCUCUAGUAGCACAUACCCGCGUGCAGUUAUCUGCCACAGGUAGGCAGGUAUGUGCCACAGGAGAUUUACAGGUUAUAUAUACCCAGGAAUGGAGAGACCAGACACCGGCAAUUUUGACAUGCGAGUCUUGGGAAAAAGCUGACAUUGGCACCGUUGAUACGAUGAAUGCAGAUAAUAAAUGUCAGGGUCCCAGAAGGAAUUGAACACCAGCAUUUCGCGUAGCAAUCAAGUAUACUACAACAGAGCCAGGCCAAGAUUCAGAACUACUUUUCAAAUAUGUCCUCAUGUUCAUGAAACGUCGAUUGGCAUUGCAGUGCUGGCUAUCAAAUUUUAUGAACAUUACAAGUCUACUUCUGGGAUACAGCCGUCACGUCGGGUCAAGUUAGGCGCGAUGCGCUGAAGUGUCGUACUGUCCAGGGCUGCCAUCUUCAUGCGCAGCAAUGCUUCAUAUUAGCUUGCCGCUUCUGGUGUUCAUAAUAUUCAUGUAACUGCUGGCAUCAUUAUGCAACUGUAAACUGGUUAUAUAAUACAUAUAGUGGUUGUUUAACAUUUGUCUGUGCAUGCAUUUGUACGUAUAAUUAGUGCCAGUUCAAAAAUUCUCAACACAGUCACCUUUCAUCCGCAAGCUGCACAUAACAUCAAUAAUCAAGGUACAUUGGAUCUGUCGAAUUUUUAGUUUUCAUUUUUCUGCGAUUUGUAGUCGGGGUUGCUAGUUAUAUGCUUAUA